GAUAUUGUGGCUCAACUGAAAGCUUUAGAGGUUACCAUGUCUGAUUCUUUCCUAGUGCACUAUAUUUUGUGCACCUUGCCUCACCAUUAUGCCCCCUUUAAAAUCUCUUACAACACACAUAAGGAUAAGUGGUCUAUUAAUGAAUUGUUGACCAUGUGUGUUCAAGAAGAGGAAAGGUUAAUGAUGGAAGAAGGAGAGCAGGUGCUCUUAACUGGUUCUUUUAAGAAAAAGAAGAAUCAAGAUAAUAAGAAGGGAAAGAUUCCAGCUCAACCAAUUAUUAAGAAAGAAUCCAAGUGCUUCUUUUGUAAAAAGAAAGGACACAUGAAGAAGGAUUGUUUGAAGUUUAAGAAUUGGCUGGAAAAGAAAGGGUAUGCAAAACCUAAGGAAACCGAUGGGAAGUGAGCAAUGCAUCUAUUCAGGAAGCAAGAUGAGUUCACAUGUGGAGGCCGUUGGGACAUGCAAUUUAGUUUUGAGCAGUGGUUUUAUUUUAAAUUUAGAAAAGACUUUUUAUGUUCCU